GCCUGGGCGGCUCCGCUCGCUGUUUUUCCCCGUCUCUGGUUUGUGCUUCCUCCCGCAAGUCGCGAAGAUGCAGCUCAAACCGAUGGAGAUUAACCCCGAGAUGCUGAACAAAGUGCUGGCCCGGCUGGGGGUCGCCGGCCAGUGGCGCUUCGCUGACGUGCUGGGGCUGGAAGAGGAGGCUCUGGGCUCCGUGCCAGCUCCUGCCUGCGCGCUGCUGCUGCUGUUUCCCCUUACAGCCCAGCAUGAGAACUUUAGGAAAAAACAGAUUGAGGAACUGAAGGGACAAGAAGUCAGUCCUAAAGUGUACUUCAUGAAGCAGACCAUUGGCAACUCCUGUGGUACCAUAGGACUCAUCCACGCGGUGGCCAAUAAUAAAGACAAACUACAAUUUGAGGAUGGAUCAGUCCUGAAACAAUUUCUUUCUGAGACAGAGAAGUUGUCCCCUGAAGAUAGAGCAAAAUGCUUUGAAAAGAAUGAGGCCAUUCAGGCGGCCCAUGAUGCUGUGGCACAGGAAGGCCAAUGUCGGGUAGAUGACAAAGUGAACUUUCAUUUUAUUCUGUUUAACAACGUGGACGGUCACCUCUAUGAACUUGAUGGACGAAUGCCUUUUCCUGUGAACCAUGGCACCAGUUCGGAGGACACACUGUUACAGGAUGCCGCCAAGGUCUGCAGGGAAUUCACUGAGCGUGAGCAAGGGGAAGUCCGCUUUUCCGCUGUGGCCCUCUGCAAGGCGGCCUAAUGCCAUGGGGAGGGGCUUAGCUUUCUUCCCUUCUUCCCUUCAGUGUGGAAUGUGUCCUUCCCAUUGCAUUCUAAAAUGUUCCAGUACUUGUAGCACACAGCAGUCCUCCUUCGGUUCUGCAGACAUGCUCUUACCCUCAACCACGCCCAAGCACUAGCAGAGCUCAGCUGGCAAUAGAGCAGUUUGGUGUAAGCUUCCGAUGGUCGAGUCUCCCACCCUGCCAUUGUAUGUCCUGUACCACAAUAUUUAAUGCUUUAAAUGGCUACUUUGGUUUGUGUAAGUUGAGGCCUUGAACGUCGUUUGUUUGUCCUUAAAAGGAAUAAAACUUUUCUGCUGAUGAGA